GUCUUUCCAACCCUUUCCGAGGGCUCCUGAAGCUGGGCAGCCUGGAGCGGAGAGGAGCCAUGGGGAUAUGGAAGGAGUUUUCCUGCGAGCUGUCGCCGCUGGAGCUCCGGCUCUUCCUGGACCACGAGGACCGCAUCUGCGUCGAGAGCUAUUCCCUGCUGCGGUGCGAGUCGCUGGCGCUGACGCACUCGGACGGCCGUUUCGAGCUGGUUUUCCUGGGGAAAAAACUCUACCUACGAGCUCCUUCUCGAGACGAGGCCGAGGACUGGUUGGACAGGAUCCGUGAGGCGCUGCAGAAGUGCCGGCCUCAGCUGGAGGAGGAGGAGUGGGAGACACUGGAGUAUCCGGAGGACAGCGGUGAAGGCCAACACAUCCAGAGCGACUCUGCUGCUCUUCUCCAGUACCGCGACGUGCCUGGGAACAGCUUUGACUGGACUCCAGCUCACGAACCGGAGCUGGAUGCAAUAAAAGAGGCUGUUCUGUACAUGGACGUAGACAAAACCUGGGUCCCCUUUAUUUUUAGCCUGUCUUUAGAAACUUUGAAGUGCUUUAAAGUCAGAAGCAAUGACAAAAUUUUAAGCAACAGUUACGGUAUAGAGACCAUCCAGGACAUUCUUCCAGACACGAGCCUCGGGGGACCCGCGUUCUUCAAGGUGAUAACCUCCAAAGCUGUCCUGAAGCUGCAGGCCGAGAACGCAGAGGAAGCGGCCUCGUGGAGGGAGCUGGUCCGAGGGGUGCUCAUGGCCUACCUGGAGAGUGCGGAGGAGGCGCUGACGCUGGGCGGCAGCUUGGACGGGCACUCCCAGGUCGUCCUGAAGAACAUCGUGAAGGAAAAUGGCUUCCUGUUGCAAUACCUGGUGGCCAUCCCCGUGGAGAAGGGCCUGGACUCGCAGAGCUUCAUCUGUGCAGGCUGCUCCAGGCAGAUCGGCUUCUCCUUCGCAAAGCCCAAGCUCUGCGCCUUCUCUGGUCUCUACUACUGCGACAGCUGCCACCGGGACGAGGAGACGGUGAUUCCCUCGCGCCUCAUCCACAACUGGGAUCUGACGAAACGAGGGGUUUGCCAGCAGGCUUUGAAGUUCCUCACGCAGAUCCGUAACCAGCCGCUGAUCGACCUGAAGCUGGUCAACGAGAGCCUCUAUGACCACGUGGAGAGGAUGGGACGGAUCCGCCGGAGCAGGGAGCAGCUGAAGCUGCUGGGAGAUUAUCUCAUCAUGUGCCGCAGCGGGGCCCUGAAGGAGCUGAGCAAGCGGCUUGAUCACAGGCACUACCUCUUGGAGUGUCCCCACAAAUACAGCGUCACUGAUCUGAGGCAGAUAGCCGACGGCGUCUUCGAGACCUUCCUGCAGUCUCUGCUCCAGUUCGCUUCCCAUCAUGUCUACAGCUGCGACCUGUGCACCCAGCGAGGCUUCAUCUGCCAGAUCUGCAACAGCAGCGACAUCAUUUUUCCCUUCGAGUUUGACACUACCACCAGGUGA